CGAGCAGGACAGAAGUACUGAACUGGUCUUUAGACGAGGUCGAGUCAACGCGACACGCGUAUGCCAGACAGGAAGAUAUCGCUGCAGUAUUUUCCUCUAACGUGCCACCGUAACAUUAUUUAUACCUUUUCAUUAGCGCUGCCUUCCGCCUGGUUUGUUCACGCGAUGCAACAGUUGUAGUCGCAAACUAAGGACCAAGAACAUGGGACGGAAAGUGACCCUCACGACUUGCUCGUUGAAUCAGUGGGCGUUGGACUUUGACGGCAACUUGGAGAGAAUACUGAAGAGUAUUGAGAUUGCUAAAGCUCAUGGAGCCAAAUACAGACUGGGCCCAGAGCUGGAGAUAUGCGGUUAUGGCUGUGCGGACCACUUCUACGAAUCCGACACAUUGCUCCACAGCUUUCAGGUCCUGAGGAAGCUUCUAGAGUCUCCUAUCACCCAGGACAUCAUCUGUGACGUGGGGAUGCCCAUCAUGCAUCAUAAUGUGCGCUACAACUGCCGGGUCCUUUUCCUCAACGGCAAGAUACUUCUGAUCAGACCUAAAAUGCUGUUGGCCAACUACGGGGUCCACAGAGAGAUGCGCUGGUUCUCACCUUGGAAGCAGUCAAGGCAGGUAGAGGAGUAUUUUCUGCCCCAAAUAAUCCAGGAAGUAACAGGGCAGGACACAGUCCCAUUCGGUGACUGUGUGCUGUCCACGAGGGACACCUGCAUUGGCACUGAGAUGUGCGCUGAGCUCUGGAACCCCAAAAGCCCCCAUAUUCAGAUGGGUCUGGAUGGGGUUGAAAUCUUUACUAAUUCGUCUGCCAGCCACCACGAGCUCCGCAAAGCUGACCAAAGAGUCAACCUGGUCAAGUCAGCCACCAUCAAGAGUGGCGGUAUCUACCUUUAUGCCAACCUGAGGGGGUGUGAUGGAGACCGUGUCUACUAUGAUGGUUGUGCCAUGCUGGCCAUCAACGGAGACAUCGUGGCACAGGGAGCACAGUUCUCUCUUCAUGAAGUGGAGGUCAUUACAGCCACAUUUGAUCUUGAGGAUGUGCGUAACUACCGAGGGGAAAUGUGCCAGCCGAACAUGGAAAUUGAACCCAAACCUUGUCACAGGGUCAAAGUUGACUUUACUUUAUCCAGUGGCAACGAUAUCCACCUCCCGACCCACCAGCCAAUAACAUGGCACUUCAAUUCACCAGAAGAAGAAAUCAGUCUAGGGCCGGCCUGCUGGCUGUGGGACUAUCUGAGGAGAAGUGGACAGGCUGGUUUCCUGUUGCCUCUGAGUGGAGGAGUCGACAGCUCCUCCACCGCCUGCAUCGUCCACUCGAUGUGCGUGCUGCUCUGCCAAGCUGUAGAGGACGGCAACAGCCAGGUACUGGAGGACGUCCGCAGAGUGGUAGGGGAUGACUCCUACCGUCCUCAGGACCCGAGAGAGCUUUGUGGUCACAUCUUCACCACCUGCUACAUGGCCAGCGAAAACUCCUCGGAGGACACAUGCAGCAGGGCUAAAGGCCUGGCCAAUCAGAUCGGCAGCACACACAUGAAUAUUAACAUAGACAUGGCAGUGAAAGGCAUUCUGGGUAUCUUCUCAGUCAUUACUGGACGGUGGCCUCAGUUCCGUGUCAACGGAGGAAGCCACAGAGAAAACCUGGCUCUGCAGAAUGUACAGGCCCGAGUCAGAAUGGUCCUGGCCUACCUGUUUGCCCAGCUGGGUCUGUGGGCCCGGGGGAAGCCAGGUGGAUUGCUGGUGCUGGGCUCAGCCAACGUAGAUGAGAGUCUGACAGGAUAUUUCACAAAGUACGACUGCUCCAGUGCCGACAUCAACCCCAUAGGAGGCAUCAAUAAGACGGACCUGAAGAGCUUCCUGCUCUACUGCGUCGAGCGGUUCCAGCUCACCGCUCUGACGGGCAUCCUGUCUGCUCCGCCCACAGCUGAGCUGGAGCCGCUGACGGAUGGGCAGGUGUCUCAAACAGACGAGGCAGACAUGGGACUGACCUACUCUGAGUUAUCCGUGAUCGGUCGGCUGAGGAAGAUCUCCAAGUGCGGCCCCUUUAGUAUGUUCUGUAAACUUAUUCACGCGUGGAAGGACGCGCUCUCACCCGCUGAGGUGGCCGAGAAGGUGAAGCACUUCUUCCGAAUGUACUCUGUGAACCGCCACAAGAUGACCACGGUGACACCGUCAUACCACGCCGAAAGCUACAGCCCUGACGACAACCGCUUUGACCUCCGACCUUUCCUCUACAACACACGCUGGACCUGGCAGUUCAGGUGCAUCGACAACCAGAUACCACUGCUGAGGGUUCCUUUGCUGGUUGCUGCUGCUGGAGGGAUGUCCUGGCAGGCUGGAGUAAAGGAUGCGCCCCCUAGAGCAGAACCUUUAAAUGCAGUGUCCCAGAUGGCACCCCAUAACACCCCAAAACAAUAAUAACCUACGUCAUCAGGGUCCUGAGAAAAUCCACAUCUGUGACCAAUCAAGACUUGAUUAUUUGGGCAUUUGUGUUCCUGUCAGUAAAGCCAAAUCUGCUGCACUGUGUUGGCAAAGCGGGAGAAAGAAAUCCUGAUUUUCUGGGACUAAAUCAAACCUUUGUUCUACCUCGGUGUCACAGAUGUUAUCAGGGCUCUCCUUCCCAGACGUUGCUGAGGUGCAUUUGAUGUCUUUCCCCAGGUGAAAGCAGUAAUGCCUUCAUUUAUGGCAAACUAUGCAACAAGAAAUAAUUUCUGCCCCACCUCUCUUUACAUUGUAUGUGAUUAGUACCAACUACGAUUUAAAUAAUAUUCCUAACUCCCAAACCCACUGCAAGGGUUUUCAAAGUUGAUGUCUGAUUGAUCACGUAUGUGAUGUAGUUAAUAUAUCUUUGUCAUAUUAGUUAUAUGGUGUUAAAGCUAAGAAAAAUAACAGCUUAUAUUCAUGUUGUGGCCAUUAAAAAACAAUUUCUAAUAAAUGUUCUAUAGAGAUUUUUUGUCAAAUCAAUAGUUUUAUUUUUUUUUACGACAGAUUUAUUUAAAGCAAUUGUCCCCGUAUGAAUCACUUUUUAUUGAGAUUUUAAAAAAGCAGCUUUCAACCUCCAUGGUGGGAGAUGAAGAGUCAAGGAAUUGAUACAGUUAUAGGGAUUCAUCCUCUGGGCACCAUGGAUAUCUUUACAAAAAAACCAAAGCGAUCGUCCAAUAGCUGCUGAGAUACCCAAGUCUUACCUUUAAACAUCUCAACACCUCUUGGAUGAACCAACCAACAUUGCCGUAUUCGGAGCCUUGCCAAUGAAUUUUAAAGCAUUUUGUCAGCGUUAAUGCGUUAAUCUAUGCAAUUAAUUUGGCUGCGAUUAACGCACUAAAAUAUUUUAACGCAACUUUGUUUACUUCCGGUGUGCGUUGAUGUGUUUGCACUCCUGAGUGUCAAGCCGCGGCAGUGCGGUUUGACACGGUUUCUGUUUUUAAACAAUAAAAUACAACCAAUGAACACUAAGUAAAUCACAAAGGACCGACCCACACCACACAGGUGAGGCUCAUUAGCAACCUGUCAGUCAGAGAAGAGAGAGAACACGGCGUGAGGACAACUGAGCCUCAUUAUAUAGAGCUGAGAUUGUUCUGGAAUGUUUGAUGUAUAACGCGUGGUAACUGGGGAUGUGUCGUAUGCAAAAGCCUUUAAAAGGUGAAUUUACAUUUUUUUGGAAAAUGGAGAAAAUGAGCCCAGACUCCAGAGGGAUAACGUGACAUAUUUGAACGUCAGUCAGUUUACCAAGGCCACUGGUUCUGCUGUUGUUCAAUGUUAAAGAUGACAGGACCAAUGGGGUCUCAAAUAUACUUCUUUUUUUUUACUAAUUUGGAUGUUUCACUGACGAAACAAUUUAUCAUCCACAAUAUUAAAUACCUCGCUGGCACUUUAUAUGUAGGAGCUUCUUUGAAACACAGCUCUGUUUUUUCUUCUUUUGUAUUACUGUACUGUCAUGUGUGAUGUGUGCUUUCCAUUUCACUCUGCUUGCAUUCUUAAAUUACAUCAACCUGCCAAGGGACUACAGAUGGAAACUAGCCUCCCGGCUAUAAUCUGGCAUAUUUACAUGUACAUUGUACUGUCAAUCAAUAUGCACUGUCCCUUAUUCUCUAAAUAAAUAAAUAAAUAAUAAAUAAGAAGAAAAACAAUGCAUUAAUUGCGUUUAAUUAAUUUCAAAAUGUGUGAUUAGUUAAUUUGUUUAAUCGAUUGACAGCCCUAAUUUUAAGACAUCUUGGAAGAUUUUGAAAAUGGAAGGAUAUUACGUUUUUAUUUUCAUUCAUUUUUAAGUUGUCAAGUGUAUUUUAUGACAAUACUUAAGGGUUGAUUUGUAAAAUAAAGGAUUGCUGGUCA